AUGUGGGCUGGAUUAUUUAUUGUCUUCAAUGAAAAUGGUAACAAUGCACAAACAAAGAGUGAGAGGAGAGUGGAUGUGACUGCUGGCGAUGGUAGUGAUGGUAAUGGUGAUGGUGCUGCUGCCGCUGGCCCUGGCGCUGCUGGUGCUGCUGAGACCGAGACUGACCUUCUCUUUUUUUGGCGGCAAGAAGUUAAGAUGGCGAAAGUAAACAUUGAGUUGUUAAUUUCAUGUGUGCAAUCUCGAACAGAUUUAUGGCAACAUAGAAAUGCCAAUUUUAAAAAUAAAAAUAUUACUGACAAAUUAUGGAAGGAAGUUGGUGAAAUUUGUGGUUUAAGUGGAGUGGACGCAAAAAACAAGUGGAAGAACGUUAAAGACACGUAUCGUAAAAACCUCCAAAAAAUACCAAGACCAUUAUCUGGAUCUGAAGCAACUUCCAUUAAAAUAAAAUGGCCAUUCUUCGAAUCCAUGGCAUUCAUUAAAGAUACCAUUGUGCCGGAUCCAACUGAGGGAAAUUUGUCGGGACCUGUGGAUGCUGCUGAUGACCUUAACCUCACUGCUGUAUUGGGUGAUUUGCUGGGCGAUGAAGAAGAAGUACUAAAAACACAACACGAUAGCCCACGCCCAUCCGCCACAUUAGCCAAAAAAAAAGGAAGAGCUCAGCCAUGGAUGUGGAUUCCGAAUUUUUAAAUUUGGAAAGGGAAAGGCUUAAGUUGUUAAAAACAGAAAUGGAAAAGGAGGAAGACUGCGACGAUUUACAAUUUUUUAAAAGUUUAUUGCCGUUUAUGAAAAAAAUUCCAUUAUUGGAAAAACUGGAAGUAAGGGGAGACAUCCAAAAGAUUAUUUUGGAAAAACUUAAAACCAAUAAACAAAGUUGAAAUAAAAAAUAUACAUACCUUAAAGUUAAAACUAA